AGCAAAAGGAAAUUUGGAAUUGAACUUUAUUUUCGUUUUAGUUUUUAGUUUUAAUAAGAGGGGUAAAGGAAGAGACUCGACGGCGACGGAGGGUGAUCUGAUCAACGAUGAUGGCUUCUCCUUCUCCUCCUCCUUGCGGCCCAAGCCCUGCCGCUGCUGCUGGUUCUCCACCUCCAGAUCCAGUCCAUCCUCCGUGUACCCCCAGCCCCUCCAAAAGAAUGCGCUUCUUGCCUCACAUUGAUCCCACUUCCACCGACAUAGAGACAGAAGCAGAGGCAGAGGCAGAAGCAGUCUCAUCCUUCUCAACAUGCUUCCACUGCAAAAGGCAAGGUCAUUGGGUUAGAGAUUGCCCCUUCAAGUUCAAUCUCAAUACACCCACCGCAUCCGCAGCCCCUCCCUCUCUUCCCAACGUCUGCCAUCACCCUGAGAUUGAAUGCAACAACGGCCACGGACCUUGCACUGCUAAGGUCUCCCGAAGCCUCAAGAACCCUGGAAGGAUCUAUUAUGCUUGCCUUCACCUCCUUCCCAAUGGCUGCAAAUGUGGCUUCUUUAAAUGGUAUGAUGAACUCAAGACGAACAAGAAUGGUAGUGGAGGAGCAAGUGGACGCCCUCUCAGUCUCAGUCUCAGUCGUUCCGAAUACCCCAUGUGUUCUUGCGGUGCCGGACUCUGUAGGUUGAUGCUGGAGACGUCUGAACCAAAUGCCGGUCGAUUAUACUUUGUCUGCCCUAUCACAAAGGGUCAUGGCGCUUGCCCUUUCUUCCUAUGGUAUGAUGGUCAAGCAAAUACCGGACUCACUUCUUCUCUAGAUGAAAGCGAACAUGAUGGAUCUCUCAAGCCCUCUUUGAAUUGUCAUGAAGUCGUUGAGACUGUAAACUAUGACUUGGACGAGAACGAUGAACUAAGUUUUGAGCAUCCAAACAGGAUGACGUUUGAGUCUGCCAAGAUUGACAACCCUCAACCUGAACCAACUUUCAAUUUUGUACCUUUUGGCCCAUCAGAGAUUGAAGAAGAACCUCUGUUAUGGAGAGAAGAACAUGAUGAUACUUCAAAUAUGAAAACCUCAACAAAUUUUUCAAAUCUACAAGUUGUUGUGAGGGAGCAUCUCCACAACCUAGUCAUGCAGGAGGAAGGUUUAUUGGAUCCUAUAAUGGAGAAAGCAUCCCAUGUUUCUCAGAAAACAUCCAUGCAGGCUGAAAUUCAUCAUCAACAGAUAGAGUUUUGGAGACACAGUUCUGUUGCUGGAGAUACACUAACGGGAGGUUGGGGGAAAGAUGGUACCCAUCAAAUUUUAGAUUUUCAGAUAUUCGGUUGGUUGGGCCGGCUUGCUUUCACCCCUUCUGGAUGCUUAACAGUACCUCCAUCCAAGCCUAAGUUUUGUUGUGUUUUCCCCUCACUUGAUCCUAUUUUCGUUCCAAAGGAGACAUAUGGGUCUCAUUCGGAAGGGUUGGUUGACCUUCCUCAUAGUCCUUCACAUUCUAAUUUCCAUUUAUCACCACAAAUGUCUAGUGAGGAUGAUGCUCGGCCUUUGAGUGGUGUACUUUUCGAGCUUUCAGGCAUAAAAAAUCUUUUGGAUCCAUUACAAGAUAGUGUUGUAACAGGGAAAAUUGUGGGGGCACUUGAGCAAGCAGCCUUGCCUAUUCAGAAUCUGCUGCUCACUCUUCUUGAGUCAAUGGAUCCACUUCAGCAUGAAUCCAUGACAUGGGCAGCGGAGUGCACCUUUGCUGCUUUGGACCAUCUCUCUGUUGACUAUAGACGUUUUUCUGAGCGUGUAAGGAAGUUCAUUGCAUGUGCAUCAUCACUUGCUGAAGUAGAACGGUCCAUUCAUAAUGACCUCUCUUCCAAAGAGCUCAUCAAGGUGUACCACAAUGAGGUAGAUAGGUUUGAUAAUAUUUCGCGCACCCAUGGUGAUACAGUGGGUGCUUUUACGACCUCUGAUCAUCACCUACAGUCCCUUCGUAAGGAGGCUUCCCGAGUAAAGGAAAUGCUGCUUCAAAUUGAGAACCAGCUGUCUCUUUGUGAGGUUGAGACGUCAGAGCUAAAGACUCGAGUGGACGAGACAGCUAAGGACAUGAUUGAGACUGAAAAAAGGUUGCAGUCUGCAGCUCAGAAAGCUGAAGCAGCAAUGGAGCUUUGUCAUCAGAGGGAAGUAACUCGAAAUGCGUUUAAGGCAGCAUUUGAAGAGGCAAGGGUUAAGCUCCGAUAGUAUGCAGUGAUGCUUUACUGCGAGGAGGAUUGCGGGGACUAACUGAUGGGAUCAUGUGAUGCGCCAUUUUUUAUGGGACUUGUGGACGCUCCCAACCCAGUGGCGUCACUUAACUUGCGAGAUCAUCAAGAGAAACACGAAGUGACGAAGGAGCGAGGGCAAACUCAAAGCUUGCUAUUAACAAAUUAUUGAACCGCAAUAAUUUUAGACGUUGACAUUAAGAGAUGAAGCUUCCAUCUAUGGUUCCUCCC